UGGGGCUGCUACGCGCGUUGCCGUAGCGACCAUUUUUACGUUACUGGUUUGCAGCUUCCAUCCAGGCGUCGGGGCGGCGGCGGGGGCAGCGCUCCCCCAGUCCUGGAAAGCCGCCUAUUGGCCUUUGGCUCCCGCGACCGAAGGGCCUCAGCUGGCUCGGAGGUCAGGGCGCCUCUUGCCACGCCGAGUGGGAUGGCUGCGGAAGAGGAGGAGGAGGUGGAGUGGGUGGUGGAGAGCAUCGCGGGCUUCCUCCGAGGCCCGGACUGGUCCAUCCCCAUCCUGGACUUUGUGGAGCAGAAAUGUGAAGUUUUUGAUGAUGAAGAAGAAAGCAAAUUGACCUAUACAGAGAUUCAUCAGGAAUACAAAGAACUGGUUGAAAAGCUGUUAGAAAGUUACCUGAAAGAGAUUGGAAUUAAUGAAGAUCAGUUUCAAGAAGCAUGCAUGUCUCCUCUUGCAAAGUCUCGCACAUCACAGGCCAUUUUGCAACCCGUGUUGGCAGCAGAAGAUUUUAGUAUCUUUAAAGAAAUGAUGGUCCAGAAAAACAUUGAAAUGCAGCUGCAAGCCAUUCGAAUAAUUCAAGAGAGAAAUGGUGUGCUACCUGAGUGUUUAACAGACGGUUCGGACGUGGUUAGUGACCUUGAACAGGAAGAAAUGAAGAUCCUGAGGGAAGUUCUUAGAAAAUCCAAAGAGGAAUAUGACCAGGAGGAAGAAAGGAAGAGAAAAAAACAGUUAUCAGAGGCUAAGACAGAAGGACCCUCAGUGCAUGCUGGUGAAGCUACAAAAAUGGAUAAUUUCCAAGGGGAUGGUGAGCCCUUUGCACACCCACCCCCAGAAGUUGAAGUGCAUUUUGCUAAUCGGUCAGCACAACCCUUGGCAAGAAAGCUGGGAAUGUUGCCUGAAUCUUCCUCCCUCCCCCAAAGAGGACUGAAGAUGCCUGACUUAGAACACGCGAGCGUGGAAGGACCAAUAACAAAUUUAUCAGCACUUGGAACAGAAGAGCUGCGCCAGCGAGAGCACUACCUCAAGCAGAAGAGAGACAAAUUGAUGUCCAUGCGAAAGGACGAAAUGACAGAGAAACCAGAAAUGACAGCAGAGGAGAAGCAAACGCUACUGAAGCGGAGACUCCUUGCAGAGAAACUUAAAGAAGAAGUUAUUAACAAGUAAUCACUUUAUGAACAGUUCAGCAAAAGAGCAGUUCACAUUUUCUUAAAAAUAAAUUAUUUAAUCCUUCAACUGUCGAGUUUCAAACAUCCUUGAGUCUGUAAAUGCCAGUGUAAGCUUAUUAUUACUAUUUCAAACACUGGAAAUGAGGCUGGUGGGGAAGGCGGCUACAUAUACUGCCCAAACCAAAGAACCCGUCGCUGUCAAGUCAAUUCUGACUCCUAGGACCCUGUAGAACAGAGCACACCCGCUCCAUAGCGCUUUCGAGGCUGUAG